AUGGGCAUGGGGGCAGGUCUGGGUUCUCCAUCUGCCCCUGGAAUGAAGCCUUCCCAGUCCACUUACAGAAGGCGAUGUCAAGACUCAAGAUGGGUAGGAAAUUUUAUGCACUACAUUAGCCGUUUUAUAUCAGGAUUCGCCACUGGUUUCAUAAAAGUGAGGCAGAUCAGUCUUGUUACUCUGUCAAUCUUGCCCUUGAUUGCACUUGCUGGUGGUAUCUAUGCCUAUGUAGCCACUGACCUUAUUGCCGGAGUCCGCAAAUAUCAGAGUAAAAGUAGGAGAAAUUGCAGAAGAGUCUACCAAAGGAAGUGGUGUGGAAGGGGGUAUUGCACGUAUGAAAAAUGUUAG